AUGGAGAGAAAGAAUGCAAUGCCCUGUGUGACUCUGUCAAACGGUAAAAAGCGCAAGCGUGACCACAUCAUAGCUGCAGUGGAAGGUGGAAUGAAGGAAUAUGAUGAGAGUAAGCGAGAGUGAGAUGAGAGCAUAUGCAGAUUGACAUGCAGUCAAAUUAAAUGAAAUUGAUGCAACUGCAAUACAAUUGCGAGCACAAAAUGCGGCUGCAGCGGCGGAGGUAGCAGCAGCGGUGGCGUUGACGGGGCCAAAUUAAUGCAGCAAAAUAGACGAAAUAAUUAAAGUGGUUCAAAGAAAUGGCUGGCGAAAGAGUUUAUAAAAAUGCUGGCAAGCGGCGCGCGCCGCACCAGUACCUUGCGAGACGCUCGUCGGUGUUCAUGUCAGUGGCAAGUGGCAAGGUGGCAAGCAAUAAAACAGCAGCAGCAGCAGUAGUAGCGGUAGCAACAGAGAUUACAAACGCGUUGUCCAGCGUAACGGCUUUUCGAAACGGGAAAACAGCGCAGUGACCGACCGACCGAUCGCGCGAGAGUUAAGGUGCGGCGGUGGCCAAUGUAUUAAAGGAGGAAGCAGUGCAAAAGUGCCACUAAAUUAAUCGCAAUUAACAGUUAAAUGCGUGCGCGAACAAAGCAACGCAAAUGUUUACACAAUCAGCAGGUGCCUCCUCCUCCAUUGUUGCCACAAUAACGAAUCACAUUCGGAGGCGAUCCCCAAAUCGGAACCACACCACGCCUCAAUCGGAAACGAAGCUGCUCACCUGGAUUGCCCUGCUCUAUGCCGCCUCCACCUCCCUCGGCGGCUUGGCAGCGGCACUGGACUGGCAACAGGUUAAGCCAAUGUAUUUAGUGUCCAUGUAUCCGGGACCGUUCGGCAUGGCCAUGUCGCAGUCUCCCUCUUCCUCCUCCUCCUCCACCAUUUCCUCCUCCAUGGAACAAGAUGCGGAAACGAGUGCCAGCAACCUGGAGAGCCGCAUCAAUGGAGGAGGAAAUGGGAAUAGCGACGAAGAUGUGGAUGUAAAGGAGCCCUUGGUCUUGAAUCUGGAGACCACACCGCUGCUAGAGAAGAUGCUGCCCGAAGGGGCCAUGGCCAUGGAUCGCAUAUUCGGCGGUAACGUGGGCAAUCCUCACUGCUUCCCCUACCAAGUGGGCAUGUUGCUGCAGCGUCCCAAGGGUCUGUACUGGUGCGGAGGCUCUCUGAUCUCCGAUCAGCAUGUGCUGACUGCGGCACAUUGUGUGGACAUGGCCAAACGCGCUCUGGUCUUCUUGGGCGCCAACGAGAUCAAGAACGCCAAGGAGAAGGGUCAGGUGCGAAUGAUGGUGCCCAGCAGUAAUUUUCACAUAUAUCCCACAUGGAAUCCCAAGCGCCUGAAGGAUGACAUAGCCCUGAUUCGACUUCCCCAUGCUGUUAGCUUCAACGAACGCAUCCAUCCCAUACAGCUUCCCAAGCGGCACUACGAGUACCGCAACUUCAAGAACAAGCUGGCCAUCGCCUCUGGCUGGGGACGCUAUGCCACUGGCGUCCAUGCCAUCAGCAAUGUCUUGCGUUAUGUCCAGCUGCAGAUCAUCGAUGGGCGGACAUGCAAGACGAACUUUCCGCUCUCCUAUCGCGGCACCAAUAUCUGCACCAGCGGGAGAAAUUCCCGCUCCACCUGCAAUGGAGAUUCCGGCGGCCCACUUGUUCUGCAGCGAAGACAAUCCAAGAAGCGAGUGCUGGUGGGGAUCACCUCCUUUGGCAGCAUAUAUGGCUGCGAUCGCGGAUAUCCGGCCGCCUUCACCAAGGUGGCUUCGUACCUGGACUGGAUCAGCGACGAGACGGGCGUCAACUCACAUCAGGACACCACGGAGGCGAUUUUCUUCGAUCAGUAUAUGAGGGACUAUGGCAAGCCCCGCCAGAGUCGAAGAUUGGAACAGCAGCAGCAGGAAGAUGAGCAGGAGGAUGAUCAGCCAGAUGAGCUGGACGUGCGUCCCAGCUCCGACGAGGACCUCUCCGAGGAUGUCAGCAUGCGUACGCAUAAGCGCCAGCGUCCUCGUCCUAGACCCAAGUCCGAAUACGAGUUUUACUUCUUAUAAUCCAAAAUAAACAUUUAUUUUUAAAUAAGCUGAUAUAAUAACAUCCUCGAAAUUAAAAAAGAUACCUUCUUCCUCUUUUUUCCUAUGCGAAUUAUGUAAAUCAUAGAAUUUUUUUUCAAAGCAAAUUUUUUUUUUUUAAUUUAAAACUUUUUUUUUAAUAACAAUGAAAAGUUAUUGCAAAAAGUAACAAAAUAUUAAAUAUUAUUCAGAAUCAUAUUCUAGUCGGAUCCAGAUCCAAAAGCAGACGUUAUGAAUUUCUGAAUUCUGGUAAAAAGUGAAUGUUUUGAGGCAAAAAAUGAAACUACAAAAAUUAUAAUCCGAACGAACCAAAUUACCAACUUAUACUAGUAUUAGCCAGAACAAGUGUAGAUAUUUUAGAUAAACUCUACAGAAGAAAACUUAAAAUAUUUAAGGUUGUUCUACAAUUGUUACUUCGGGAAAAAAUAAAAUAAAUAUGCAAACAGCUAACUUUAGUGAAAUUAUUUUAUUUGAACACGCCAAAAUUCGUUGUUGCGCCAGCGAAAGUUAUUUAUGUGUACUUUGAGAGGUUAAAUGUUUUGUAAA